AUGUCGACCGCCCCGGAAACAACAGCUGCAGCUGUGACUGCUAGCUCUCCAAACGUUUCACCCCCACCACCCGUCUUGGUCGGUCAGUCUGGACUAGUUUCUGCCUUCUCCGGAACUACUAACAUGAAACUCAGACCUCUCUCAAAUUUCACAGACAUUGGCUCCAAUCUAGGCGACCCUGUAUUCCAAGGAUCGUACCAUGGCAAGCAACACCACCCUUCGGACUUCCUCGCCAUUCUCUCACGAGCUCGUCUGGCCGGCGUCAAGGCGCAAUUGUUGACGGGGGAUUGUGUGAAGGGAGCUCAGGAAGUGAUUGAGUUGACACAGAACUAUGGUCAGUUUUGGAAGCGAUUGAGGGGAGGAUUAGACGACCGAGUCGAGAGCUGAUCGGGACUUCGUUGAAGCAGAUGGCCUUUACGCGACCGUCGGAUGUCACCCGUGUCGAGCGUACGAAUUCGAUCAAGACAAGGAAGGACCUGAAGCAUACCUGGAAACGUUGAGUUGGUUGAUUGAAAGCAACAGGGACAAGGUCAAAGCAGGUUCGCGCUUCAAAGCACUUGACGUCAUCAGGCGCCGAGAUGAAAGUCUCCCUGCUGACGCUUCUUCCUGAUCGGUCUCUCUUCGUAUGCUAUACGAAUAACAGUCGGUGAAUGUGGCCUAGAUUACGACCGCCUCAAUCUCUGCCCACGCGACGUCCAACUGCGGCACUUCCCACCCCAACUCACCCUCGCGCGAAAAUUUGACCUACCCUUAUUCCUUCACUCAAGAGCAGCGCACGAGGACUUCAUCCGAAUCUUGAAGGAAGAUGGCCAAGGGUUGAGGGGCGUGGUGCAUUCUCAUUCGGGGAGCUUGCAAGAGGCGUUGGAUUGUAUUGAGUUGGGGUAUUUUAUUGGGAUAAAGUCAGUUCUUAGUGGGGUGUGAUGUCCUGGUCGCCCUGACGGAUACUGACUUCUCACAUCCUGGCUUGUCCGCUCGGCUCUUCUUGAUGACAGUGGGUAUGCUUCAAGUCAUAUUCUCGAUGCGCGAAGAUCGAUCAUGACUACUCGGGCUGACACCUCACCGUUUCUCCCCUCCAAGAUGCUCGCUGAAAACAGAAGAGAACGUCGAAUGUGUGAGAGCUUUACCACUAGACAAACUCAUGGUCGAAUCCGACUGUCCAUGGUGCGAGGUACGUGUUCUACCCCAUACCCCAAGAUUGAAUGCUCGCCUCUCCACGUAAUAUUACUGACCCCUGUUGUUCAUUCGACUACCUCUCCAGAUCCGACCCUCUCACGCCUCCCAUCCUUACCUAUCCUCCCUCCCCCCAAGCUUAAAACGCUCUACAUCCCGCAACAAAUGAAGAAAGAACGUUGGGUUGAAGGUAAAGGUGUCAAAGGGCGUAGCGAACCUAGUUCGACAGGCCAGGUCGCUUGGGUCGUCGCGCAGUUGAAGGGAGUUAGCUUGGAGGAAGUGGCGAGUAUCACGACGGAGAACACGAGGAGGCUGUUUGGGGAUCUGGUGUAA